CUGAGAUGGACAGGGGGGGAGACACCGGCUUACGACGUCAAAGGAGUACAGACACACACAUACACACACGCGCGCGCACACACACUCAUACACACGCUCACACAGGGAGAGAAGAGGAGAGACAGACUGCCAAUUCCCUCCGGUCCGUCACAAGACUCUCCGCUGAGCCAAGCCAGUAAGAGAUUUGUUUAUUUUUAUUUUAAAUCACGGAUGAUCUGUCAGAAAAGAGUAGUGGAAAAAAACCGAAGGGCCGAUCUGUGAAAACACGCUCAUGCCGAAUAAAGGACCGUCGCUGGAUGUUAGUUGUGUUGUUUUAAGGGACGAGCAGGCCUAACUUGUUCCAGGAAUCAGACGCUCCGACACACAAAUGAACUAACGGCUUUCAUUCUAACAAUAACAAUAAAAAUCAUCAUCGGAGGGAAAAGACGGAAAUCCACUGAUCGCACCGAUUUUCCCCCACCAUCACAAUCGGCACCACAGACUUCUCAAUGAAGGAGCCUGACGCAAUCAAGCUCUUCAUCGGGCAAAUACCCCGAAACCUGGAGGAGAAGGACCUGAAGCCCAUCUUUGAGCAGUUUGGCAAGAUUUAUGAGUUGACUGUGAUAAAAGACAAAUACACGGGGAUGCACAAAGGAUGUGCCUUCCUCACAUACUGUGCACGUGAGUCUGCCCUCAAAGCCCAGAAUGCACUCCACGAGCAGAAGACCCUACCAGGGAUGAACCGCCCGAUCCAGGUGAAGCCAGCAGACAGCGAGAGCAGAGGGGAAGACAGGAAGCUGUUUGUGGGUAUGCUGGGAAAACAGCAGACGGACGCAGAUGUGAGGAAAAUGUUCGAGCCGUUCGGCAGCAUAGAAGAGUGCACGGUGCUGCGUGGGCCUGAUGGCACCAGCAAAGGUUGUGCAUUUGUAAAGUUCCAGAGCAACGCAGAGGCCCAGGCCGCCAUCAACGCUCUGCACGGGAGUCGCACUUUACCUGGCGCCUCGUCCAGCCUGGUGGUUAAGUUUGCCGACUCGGAGAAGGAGAGAGGGCUCAGGCGGAUGCAGCAGGUGGCUUCCCAGCUGGGAGUCAUCAGUCCCAUGACCCUGCACCUUGGGGCCUACAACGCCUACACGCAGGCUCUGAUGCAGCAGCAGGCCUUGGUGGCUCAGUCGGCCUACCUCUCUCCCGUUGCCACGGUGGCAGCUGUUCAGAUGCAGCAGCUCGCCGCGCUCAACCCCAGCAGUAUCAUUGCCACGCCGAUUGCAUCCAUCACCCCGUCCUCAGGUACUAGCACGCCUCCCUCCAUCGCUGCCACACCGGUCCCUGCCCUGCCUCCACCCAUCGCAGUGAACAGCUACCCCUCAGUGGCAGCUCCACCUAACGGCCAAUCUGCCACGGAAACCCUGUACACUAACGGAGUUCACGCUUACCAAGCUCAGAGUCCAGUUCUGGAUCCCCUGCAGCAAGCUUACACAGGCAUGCAGCAUUACACAGCCACUUACCCUGCAGCCUACAGCCUGGUGGGACAGCCGUUCCCCCACCAGCCCACCCUGGUGGCUCAGCAGCCGCAGCAGCCACAGCAGCUUCAGCAAAGAGAAGGUCCUGAAGGGUGUAACAUCUUCAUCUACCACCUGCCGCAGGAAUUCACCGACUCUGAGAUACUGCAGAUGUUCCUCCCCUUUGGAAACGUCAUCUCUGCAAAGGUCUUUGUUGACCGAGCCACCAACCAGAGUAAAUGCUUUGGAUUUGUGAGCUUUGAUAACCCGUCCAGCGCCCAGACUGCCAUCCAGGCCAUGAACGGCUUCCAGAUCGGCAUGAAGCGACUGAAGGUGCAGCUGAAGAGGCCCAAGGAUGCCAACAGGCCUUACUGAAGGAGGAAAACCUAAGAAUCCAAUCAAGAAUACCACUUGGGAUGCCCCAGCCUUUUUUUGGUCGUUUGACCAACCGCAUAGCACAGGAGCAACACUUCAGAAAAGAAAAAGGGAAAAGAUGAAUAAAAAUAAAAAGCUGUAUCCCGUGUAUGCGCUUACAAAAACAUUGUCCGCGGUAAUGCCAGCAACAAACUCAUCAACAGAGUCAGCAUUCACAAUAUCCGAAGUGCUCCAGAGUUUCUAUCAUUCCACAGCUGGAUUCAUUUAUAUUGUGUACAUAUUCUAUUGUCGGCAACAAGAUAUACAUGUGAAGAAAAAGCAUAUCACUGAUGUUAUUCUACUGAACAGGGUUUUAUUGUAUAGUGUGAUUUGUGGUCUAUGGCGCCAACAGAAGGCCAGCCUACACAGUCAGAGGCAGAAGAAAAUACUAUUCUGUAUGAUUACAUUGGUAAUAUUGUUAUGUAGAGUUAGUUUUAUUAAUUAUACGUAAAUGAAAAAAAAACAUGGAGUGAUUAAAAUGGAAGAGAAAUGGAUUUCCUCUCACUGUACAUACUUUGGUUUAUAAAUGGAGGACUUCAAACUUCACAAAUUAACAUUCUCUGCUGCCACUACUUAAAAAAAAUUGACAAAAUAGAUGGAAGGGCUGGGAAUUUUUCUAUCUUGAUUUUUUUAUGUUUCUUUUAUUUGGUAAUCUAUUUGAUUUCACGAGUGAUGUGAAAUUUCCUUUUUUUUAAUUUAAGAAGAAUAAAAAAGAUGAUUCCUGUGCUCUUUACAACGAUGAACACACUUAAUAUAGAGUUUUUAAUUGCAUAAAAUGUACCUAUGGAAGUGAAAAAAAAACGUUUUUCUUUAUUUAUUCUCUACAAUUGCUGUUUUAAAACAUGUCUUUAAAAGAAAAUAAAGUACAAUUUAGAAAAAAAC